UAUAUCAACGCCGAAACUUCAGCAGGAGGACUCGCACACUGGGUGACGACGGAAAUUGCUGGGCAUCUUCGUUCAAACGACUCAGAUUAUCGCGAAGCUUGGACUCCGUAUAUUGAGGGGAUUGUUAGGGAGGCCGUACCGUAUCAGAUUAUGAAUGGAGGUCCGAUUAUUGCGAUUCAAGUUGACAACGAAUACGGCCAAGACCCAGGAGCUGGGUAUUUUGAAGACCUUGAAGCAAUAUAUAGGAACAAGGAUACUGGAUUGGAUCUUCCCUUGACAUAUAAUGAUCCUGGAAUGGGGAGAAGUUUUAUCAACGGGACGGGAGCUGUCGAUCUAUAUGGGUGGGUUCUAUAUCAUCCUUCUCGUUCAGUUCAAUGGGACCCAUCUGCUCGGAAGAUUCGACGCCUACCCCAACCGUUACGACUGUGCACACCCGGACAUAUGGAAGCCUGUUCCCGAGAACUAUCACGAAUACCACUUGGAAGUCAACUCGUGGCAGCCGCUCUACAUCCCUGAGUACCAAGGGGGGUCACCGCAAGCAUGGGGACCGAAUACCCCCGAUUACACCGGUUGCUACGCUCUCACCGGACCCGCCUUUGAGUCUGUUUUUCACCGACAACUUUGGGCGGACAACGUCAAACUUUUGAAUUACUAUCCGCUCUACGGGGGUACGUCUUGGGGGAAUAUUCCGUACCACGGUGUCUACACAUCGUAUGAUUGGGGAGCAGCUAUCUCAGAACCACGAACACUAGGUACUAAAUACACUGAACUCAAACUCCAGGGGCUCUUCCUCCGCAGUUCUCCCGAAUUUUACAAGACGGACGUCGUGGCAAACUCUACUGAGCCAGACUUACUUGGGUCAAUCUCGACCGUGGGCAACACUUCCCUCACUUUCGUUACGUUAUUGAGAAAUCCUGACACUGAAGCGGGUUUCUGGAUUGUGAGGCAGAAGGACUCGACUUCUACUGCCGUUUCCCGAUUCAAACUUACCGUAACUUCAUCCCUCUCCGGUGAUCGAAAGAUGCAAAUACCACAAAUCGCUCCUGCUAUCACUCUCAAUGGUCGGGAGAGCAAGGUCAUUGUCACCGAUUACCUCUUUGGUACCUCGAGAGCUUUAUAUUCAACCGCAUCCGUUUUGUUUGCUGGGACUAUCGACGGGAGGGACGUCCUUUUCCUAUACGGCGAUUCGGAACAGGAACACGAGGCAGCCCUGAACUUGAACGGUUCUCCCACCGUUACGAAUCUCACCACACCUUUGAUCAAGAUCCAACAGUCCAGCUUGUCUUCGUCUGGAUCCAUAUCGAUCAUUACAUUCGCCAAAGGAAUUAAAGGUCUCCAUACCGUUCAUUCUUCCCGUGAACGGCUCGUUCUUUUCGCCGAUACCAAAACUGCGGGAACGUUUUGGUCUCCUGCUAUUGCCGACCCUAACGACCCACACGGGAACUUUUGGUCGAUCGGAACGAACGAGACGGUCCUCGUCGGUGGACCGUACCUCGUACGAACAGCUAAGAUUACCAAAGGGUUACUAGAGUUGACCGGGGACUUUGAUGUCACCCACCGACCCUCAGCUUCGGUUGAAGGCAACCGUGGCCCGGAGGGAAGAAAAACUCUAACGAUUAUCGCUCCGCAGAGUGUUACCAAGGCCAGUUGGAAUGGAAAACCUCUCGAUUUUGAGGGUUCCUUCGUGGAGUCUGCGUGUAGGAUUGCAGGUCUUCCUGAGGAUGGUUUUGCUACGGGGAAUGCCACAAGCUUUAUCGAGGGUAUACCGGAUCUGAGCGCUAAUGAGUGGAAGUAUGCUGAUUCGCUCCCGGAGAUCCGUGAGGAUUGGGAUGAUUCGCAGUGGGUGGUAGCGAACCAUACGAGUACGAAUGUACUGUUCCCAAUGUGGUAUGGGGAUGGGAGGGUACUUUAUGGGUGUGAUUAUGGAUUUUGUGAAGGAGCUGUAGUUUGGAGAGGUCAUUUCAACGAGACUGGCGUGGAGAAGAGUGUGAAUUUGUCAAUUAAUGGUGGACAGGGCUUCGCAGCAAGUGUAUGGUUGAAUAGCGUAUUCCUGAAUACCUCGUUCGGAAACUCGUCAAACAGCGCUAACAAUGUCAACGAAACCGAUCAGCUGUUUGUGUUUCCUGAGGAUGCGUUGAAAAAGGGGCAGGACAACGUUAUAACGGUGCUUCAGGAUAACAUGGGGUUGAAUGAGAACUGGUAUACACAGGACCAGAUGAAAAGCCCUCGUGGAAUCCGAGGCUUUCAACUUAACCCAAGCGGCAACUUUAGCGAGUGGCGAGUACAAGGAAAAGUCGGAGGGUACAAGAAUUUCCCGGACAAACAUAGAGGAGUCAUGAACGAGGGUGGCUUCUUUGGCGAACGCAAAGGCUGGCAUCUACCCAACUUUGAUACCUCAUCGUGGCGAACCCGAAACAUUUCUUCCGGGCUACCGGAUUUGAAAGCAGGAGUUGGGUUUUUCGUUACAACGUUUGACUUGGACAUCCCUACCGGUUUCGAUAUACCCAUGUCAAUCAACUUUGAGGAUUUGGAUUAUUUUCAGAAUCGGAGUGUGGGUACGGAGGAGUAUAAACCAUAUCGGGCAAUCUUUUUUGUGAAUGGAUGGAUGAUGGGGAAGGUUAUUGGGAACUUGGGGCCACAGGUGAGGUUCCCGGUGCAUGAGGGAAUCUUGGACUAUCAAGGGGCGAAUACUCUCGCCGUGGUUGUUUGGGCGAUGACACCGAACGUGACGAUCUCGCCACAGGUUCGGUUGAGAGUUGACGGUGUGUUCCAGGGAGGGAUUUUGAAUAUUAGGAAGAGUAAUCCUGGGUGGUCGGCGGAGGGGAGGGAAUAGUAGGAACCAAACGAAAAUUUCCAGCUAGAU